UAGCGCUCACUAGUCUCACCUAACCACAACUUUGGGACGAAGGAAGACACUUAAUCCUUCCAAUAAAGGUCUGCUUCUGAUGGCAGUGAGCGCUUCCUGUCAGGUGAAUUAGUCUCCCGCGUGCCGAAUGCCACGGAUGUGUUCAAUAGCGGCAAAGAAGGCAAGUAACUAUCAUGUCAAAUGCUUAACCUGUCACUGCGGGCUAUGGAAUCUACCGCUCUUGGCGCUCGUCCUGAGUUGGCACACUGGCAGGCCCUACUGUAGGCUCUACCCAUAUAUAUGUGCUAGCCGCUUGUGCAAUCUGCUUCGUAUUACUCUGCUUGGCCGGUAAAGCGACAAAGGACAUAGUCUCCAGUAAUAAUGGUCGAUAACAGGAAUCAUUCUAACCGGAAGGUUCCGCGACCUCGCGCUUUAUCCACACCACAGAUAUCUCAAGAAUCUCAACGAAAAAGUGUAUUAUCCGAAGAAUAUCAACAAUCAAGCACAUCACGCGACGAAACGCCGGAGCUUCUGCGGCAGAUCCUCGAGACGCUGCAGUACUCAAAUAUCGCAGAAAAAGGAGACAAGGACGUACGGAGCAGGUUCUGGGCGACUUACGACCAAGUUGCCAAAGAGCACGAUGGAGAGUUCUUAGAGCGGAACAACAGCGAUAUGGAUAUCGUGCUCAUUUUCUCUGGUCUCUUUUCCGCUGUCAAUACGGCCUUUAUCAUUGCCAUGCAAUCCAACUCCACGACCACUGUGCUCGUUCAAAACACCUCCCAAAAUAAUACCAUCUCAUCCUCCAUUGCGUCAGAUACGAAGUCACCCAACGGUACUUGGUUUGAGGGUUUGGCAUACGUCGCACUGUCGUUCAGUCUUCUGGCUGCCUUCGGCGCUGUACUCGGCAAACAGUGGCUCAGCCAUUAUAAAUCGAACAAUAUCCAUGGCUCCCUUGAGGAUCGCGGAAAGCACAGACAACGAAAGUUAGAUGGGAUGGAAGCAUGGUAUUUUGAUGCUGUGCUGCAAUCGUUUCCAGUCUUACUGCAAAUCUCGCUCCUUUUAUUUGGGAUUGCUAUCUCAGCCUUCGUAUGGUCUCAGCAAGGCAAACUAGCCAUCGCUGUCAUAGUGUCGAUGGCGUUGGGCAUGUUUUUUUAUUGGUUCAUCAUCGUUGCUUCCUUAAAAUCUCGACAGUGUCCUUUCCAAACUCCUGUCUCAACGGUCAUCCGCGUACUCUACGAGCGCGUAUCCACGUACGUCAAGGACUGGCGUGGUGAGCUAUCAUCAUCACCUGACCCUAGAGAUGAGAUACUCUCUGAGGUACCGUCGAUGAAGUGGAUCUUCGAAUCGUCCACGGAUCCGGAGGUAAUCAGUUCGGUCGCUUGGAUGGUGCCUUCUGUCAAAUGGACCCCUGAACUGCAACCCGAACUGCACAUGCGAACUAUAUGCUUGCGCUUGUUGAGCACAUUCAAAGCGUGCUUUGCUGCUGGUGUCCGGACCUUCUCUGCACGCCGAAGAGCCAUCGCAUGCGGAAGAGCCUUGCAUCAUGUAGUAUGCGAUAAAAAUAUACAGAACUAUGUUCCCUCUGAUGUCACUUACUUUGAUGGGGGGCCGUUGGAGAUGUGGUCUCAUUGGCAAGGCCUCAGUCUCCCCUUGGGACUUGAGGACUGCAAAGAAUUUUAUGACCAGUACGCCACGACUCUAGAUGAAGAUCGUGAAGAUGAAGCACGCAAUGCCUUGCGCCUUGCUAUUGUGACUGGCUGCCCAGGAUUUUUGCAGCCAGACGAUACUGCAUUGAUCUGGGAUGGCGUUUUCGACUGGAAGGACGACCGGCGUAGUACAGAAGACUUUGAUUGGCUCGUGGACUUCCUGGUACACUUCCGGACGUCCACAAAGAGGGACUUCGAUGCCAUGGGAGAUGCACUGCUCGCACUGAGUGCCAUGCGGGGUCUGGGAAGUGUCACCAGACGAGACAAUUACCUUGACUCCAUCAUCUUCGCUAUGGAAGCGGAUAAACCAUCUCGGCUUCGUCACGCAGCCCUUCGAGCUGUAUUCGAUGCCCGUUUUGAACUAGUCGAUAUAGUUGAUCAGGGGAAGGGAGAAUUUCGGGACAAGUUAUUAAAGGAACUCGCGCCAGCUCUGUUCGUCACAACCAAACCUAUCGCGCCACAGCUACCUGGCUCUGAUGAUCCGGACGUUGUCUUUAAUCCGAGACGUGACGACUUCUAUCUACGACUCAUUCUCACUCUGGCAAAGCAAGGGGAUUGGCGCUCUCAUUUAGUGAGAGCCGGUCACAUAGAGCGAUGCACGUCUCUCCUAGGCCAUGUUAUCGAGAACUCGACGGCAUCUGUCACAUCUCAUUCUUACUAUCUUGCAGGCAUAUUGAUACAGAUGGUUACCCCGGUUGGCACUGCUCUGGACUCCAAACCUACGAACAAGGAAGGAUCCCGUCUCACUACAAACCUUGCAGCCACACUUCGUACAACCCCAGAGACCCCUACCCUACCGGGUUUACUAGAUAACAUCUCUGAGAAGGAAUGGUGGGAUCUGCUUAAAGGAGCAUGGACGGCGAUGCGUUAUAAUGACCUCCACCUCGAGCCAGAAGCAGUUGAGGUACUGCCUGGCAUUGUCACGUACACUCUUAGUCUUCUACAAACACCCACUGCUCUAUAUGACACGCGGGGUCUCGCUCGAGUGGUGGAUCGGAUAUACGAGGCGCUCGAUGAUGGUGAAGCGAAGUUGGAAGUGAAACGCUUACGGGAUGCGCUGUAAGAUACCAUAGUUCAGUUAGAGUCAGACGAUGUACAGUAUCACUUAGUUUCUCCUAUGCAAACCAAACAGAAGAGAUUUUGUUGUAAUCAUAUCACUUGUUAUGAACGAGUACUUAGUUCUAGCCUUGGAUUCCGCUACGGCAGUAGUGAUAUGCAUCGGUCUAUAAUGG